AUGAAUAAGAACAACACGGCCAAGCGGAAAGACCUGGCUCAACCACAACGUCGUUUAACAGGAAAGAAAAAGAGUUCAGGCCACGCUCAUCUUGCCUUUGAGCGACCUGCCCAGACAUUAUCUAGGGCGCCUACUCUUUUCGCCUCAAGUAAACCUUGGGGCAUUGGCCCGCGACCACACUUCCUGGGCCUCGGGAGAUGCGCGUCGAUGGACGGGGAGAGCCUGUACCUGGAUUAUGCAGGGUUGUCCUUAUUUGAACUUAACAGGAACAAGCUGCGACUGCAUGUUGCGACAUCGCGCCCAGCCGAGGGAUCAUCUCCAGCAUUACCCCGCUACUGCCUUCUGUGCUCUAUAUCCUCCCAAGCGACCCCGGGAAAGGCCCUUUGA